GUAAAUAAAAAGAGCACCUCUCAUAAGUCUCUUUCUCUGUCUAAUUUCUUUGACCCAUCGCCGCCGUGUCUGCAAGCUCCGUUGUCAGUGCCUCCGGACCUCAGAGUUUGUCGUCGCCUCCGGCACUCUUCCAAGCUUGCUUGUGGUUGCCAUCGGGGUAUCCUCCUUAUUCAGGUAAGGACAGUCAGGUUGGUUCAAGAAGGGAAAGUGGUGAAGUUAUCGCGCUUUGCAGAACCACAAGCUUCAAAGAGAAAGAACGUAAGAAAUUGCUAAAUUUUGUGUUUGGAAUCAGCAUAGAAAUGGCGUCCACUGAUGAAAAUGCUUCCAAAGCGAUUGAUUUUAAAGCAGAGAAGCAGAAAAAGAAGAAGAAAGCCGGAAAAGAGGAGCUGAAGAUAGAAGGCUACUCCAUCGAUGGACUGUCAAUUGCAGGCCACGAGACCUGUGUCAUUUUGCCCGGUCUCAAUUUGGCCUUCGACAUUGGCAAGUGCCCUCAACGUGCCAUCUCCCAGCAGUUCCUCUUCAUCUCCCAUGGCCACAUGGACCAUAUUGGAGGACUACCCAUGUAUGUUGCUACCCGUGGCUUAUACCGAAUGGCGCCGCCUACUGUUUUUGUGCCAAAAGUGAUCAAAGAAAAUGUGGAGAAGAUUUUUGAAGCACACAGGGCAAUGGAUCAAUCCGAACUAAACCAUACUCUCGUUGGUCUGGAUGUGGGUGAAGAUUUUCAUUUAAGAAAAGACCUCAUUGUCAGAGCAUUUAAAACUUAUCAUGUGAUUCCAAGUCAGGGGUAUAUAAUUUAUUCUGUGAGACACAAACUUAAGCAGGAAUAUGUUGGGCUGCCAGGAUCUGAGUUAAAAAGCCUGAGGCUAUCAGGUGUGGAGAUUACAGAUACCUAUACAUCACCAGAGGUUGCUUUUACAGGAGACACUAUGUCUGAUUUUAUUAUUGACCCGGAGAAUGUUGAUGUUUUGAAAGCAAAGCUUCUCAUUUUGGAGAGCACAUAUGUGGAGGAUACAUGCACAGUAGAGGAUGCAAGAGACUAUGGACACACACAUUUGUCUGAGAUUAUCAAUUACGCUGAUAAGUUUGACAACAAAGCAAUUCUUCUAAUUCACUUUUCAGCUCGCUAUCAAUUAGACGUCAUUGAAAAUGCCGUCUCUGCAUUACCUCCUCCUUUGGCAGGACGAGUCUUUGCCCUCACAAAAGGUUUUUGAAGUGCAGCAAAACUCAAGCUAAACAUGAAUGCAAAAACUGUUAUCUGAAUCCGUACAUUCUCAGUUGAAACGCAGAGAAUAAAGAGCACUCAGCUUCCAUCAAGUACACAGACUCAGUUUCGUUUCAUCAACCUUGAAUGAUGAUGAUUAACAUGAUGAAAGUCUAUAAGCUGAGUUGCUGCUUGCUGAUCUAUUCAUCCAUUUCAGCACUGAUGUUCAAGCUGUGUUGGAGGAGGUUUCCCUGCGUUAGAAGUUGAUACCAGGGAAUACGGCAGUUAUAUACAGUAGUUUAUCUGAUCUUAGUUCUGAUUUGCAGUUUGUCGAAUCCUGAAUUAAGUUUUAUUGUAAAAUUUUAUUCUCAUAUUCUAUUUUUCAUGAAAGAUUUUCGACGAGCUAUCACUCGUCCAACAUAAAAGGGAACAUCGGUUCGAUUUAUUUUUCGUCUGCAUAAAUGUAAUAAGCUUUGAUGAUGUUCUUUUUUUGGCUAAA